CAGAUGGUAAACAUGGACUUUAUUAAAAAAUUAUUGAAAACGGCCGAGUUCCAUCGCCAGUCUCAUGAUCGUUUCGGAGUGCAGUGGCUGUAGAUCAAAUUCUACCACUGACAACUGACAACACCUUUAGUCCAUCUGCCACCAAGAUGCCUAAUCCGAUACGAAACGAUCUUCACAAGAUAGAUGAUCAGUCAUUUGACUACAUCUACGAGGAGAAUAUUACCAUACCACUCCAAGAAGGUCGUGGCAUUGUGAGGGCCAAUAUCUUCCGACCCAAACAACAGGCCAAAUCCCCCGUGCUUGUGACUUAUGGGCCAUAUGGCAAGGAUGUCCAUUAUUCAGUAUUCCACGCACAGUCAUUUUCCGAGGUUCCAGCUGAGCACCAUUCACCUCAUUCUGCCUGGGAAACACCUGAUCCCGGAUACUGGACUCGCCAUGGAUAUGCAAUCGUCCGAGCUGAUGAAGUGGGACUUGGUCAGUCUCCAGGGGUGCUCAAUACCAUGUCGAGGGAUACGAGCCUAGCAUUCAAGGAUGUCAUUGAGUGGACGGCGGACCAGCCAUGGUCCACUGGAAAGAUUGGACUGCUGGGCAUCAGUUAUUAUGCCGGCAGCCAAUGGCGCGUGGCAGCUCGCCAGCCCAAAGGCCUUGCGUGCAUCAUUCCUUGGGAGGGAAUGUCUGACUAUUAUCGCGAUCGUUGUCGACACGGAGGAAUCUUGUCCAAUACCUUCAUCGAUUUCUGGUGGAAUCGUCAGGUGAUAGUCAAUCAAUAUGGUAGACCAGGGAGGAGCGCGCGAAAAUGGGGAUUAGACACGAUUGAAGGCAAUCUGCCCGAGGAGGAGCUCGCCGCCAAUUGCCAUGAUCAAAACCUAGACAAUGUUAAAAACAGAUUCCUUGACGACGAAUACUAUGCGACAAAGGACUACAAUUUGGCCGACAUCAAAGUCCCCAUGUUAUCGGUCGGAAAUUGGGGUGGGAUACUCCUUCAUUUGAGAGGCAACGUCGAAGGCUUUAUGAAUGCUGGGUCUAGUCAUAAGUAUCUUCGAUUUAUUACCGGUCGGCAUGAUCUUCCAUUCUAUACUAAAGAAUGCGUGGAUAUGCAGCGCAGCUUUCUUGAUGCGUUUCUCAAAGGCCAUGACACUGAAGGAUGGUCUGAAGAUAAGCCACCUAAGGUUGCCUACAAAGUCCGAGUCGGCGAUGUUGGUUACGACGAUGUCAAGGCAGAGGAGGCAUAUCCAACCAAGAACGCCACCCAGUGGCCAAUACCUUCCACCAAGUAUACUCGAUACUAUCUCGGCCCAGAUAAUAGCCUCUCAACGUCAAAGCCUUCGGUGGACAGUCCGAAGCAUGUCUCAUACAAAGCACUGGGAGAUUUGAAAAAUCAGCAACUUGUGCAAUUUACCACCAGCCCGUUUGAGGAAGAGACUGAGUUCACAGGCCACAUCAAGGCUCACUUGAACGUGUCACUGUCUUCCGAGGGAUCCUCGAAACCUUCAGACAUAGAUCUGUUCCUGACUAUCAGACAUCUGGACGCAACAGGAAAGGAAAUUUGGUAUACUGGUACAGUGGGAGAUCCGGUGCCCAUAUCCAAAGGCUGGUUGCGCGUCAGUCUGCGCAAGGUCAACGAGAAGAGUCCCAGACAUCAUGAUUGGCACCCACACCGCGAAUACCUUUCGACAGACCAUUCACCUCUAAAGCUUGAAGAGGUAUACCCCGUGGACGUUGAGAUCUGGCCUUCAAAUGUGGUCAUGCAACCAGGUGACCGCCUGGUAUUCGAGAUUUCCUCUGGGGACACGCAGGGUGCUGGACUAUUCGAGCAUACCUCAAAGGAAGAUCGAGACGAAGCCACGUUCAAGGGUUUGAAUCAUAUCCAUUUUGGACCAGAUCGGGAGAAUUUCCUCAUGAUGCCUCUGAUCCCUGCAGUCUAAAUAGAUAAAAGGAGGAAAAUAGAAGUGUUUAACUCAUGAUCGUUUCAAUGUCACUCCUACCAAGUUUACCAAUUUGACGGCAAGAUGGUCACCGCUCUUAAGGAGGAAGGGAUGCUCAUCUAUUGUAUUGGGUAGUGAUUACACAGAGCCAGACAG